ACACAGUUGCAGUUGUAGAAAACAUAUAAAAAGAUGGAAAACAUUAUAGAUUACUAUAUAUCGUCGUUUGGGAAUACUUUGUGUGCUAAAUAAAGAGCGAAAAUGGCCGCAGACGCAACAUAUUUGAUUCAUGUGCAUCCCGUGGACGUCUCGGCCUCCUCGGUUGUAGAAUCUGUACGCUGCACGAAACGCACAACUGCCGCGGAGGUCGUGGAAGAAGUUAUCGAAAAACUAGGAGUAGAGAAUGGCUCCUCUUAUGUGCUCGUUGAGAUGCAUAAAGAUAGAGGGGAGGAAAUGAUUCUUGCUCACUCUGACUUUCCGGUGCAGAGGAUGCUGUUAUGGCCCACUCACUUCCAGCACUCCUACAAGUUUGUUCUGCGGGAAAUCGAUGAAACUGGAAGCGUGAUGUACCAUGGAGCCAACUCGUGGCACGAGAAAGCUGAGAGAGUUUCCACUGAAAGAGACAUGGCUUCUAAAGGGUUUCUACCCCCUACAAAACCCUCCGAUUCCGACUGUCCUGAUUUAUGUGCGCUAUCAUCUUUGACACAAGAGAAACUUCUGGAAGUUUUACGAAAGCGAUUUAUGAAGGAUAAAAUAUACACUUAUUCAGCGGACACCCUUAUAUCCAUAAACCCCUACAAAUUCCUCCCUGUCUAUAACCCAAAAUACAUGACGAUUUACCAAAAUCGGCGCAAAGAGGAUCUUGAACCACAUAUAUAUGCUAUUGCCGACACUGCGUUUAACACAAUGGUACGAACCAAGCAAAACCAAUGUGUUGUCAUAACAGGGAAAUCCGGAUCCGGUAAAACGCAAGCCACACAUUUUCUGGUCCACCAUUCCCUUGCUCUUUGCCAAAAAAGUUACGUGACUGGUGUGGAAAAUAUGCUUACUGGUGCCGGCCCUGUUUUGGAGGCGUUUGGAAAUGCACAGACAGAGCACAACAACAACAGUAGUCGAUUUGGAAAGUUUUUGAAAAUAUAUUUCUACGGAAGUGGUUUAUUGUCGGGAGCUGAUGUCCAAACUUAUCUGCUUGAGAAGUCACGUCUGAUACAUCAGGAACCCUAUGAAAGGAAUUUUCACAUAUUUUACUAUCUACUGUAUGGAACCUCACCAGAGGAACUGAGCGAGUUAUAUCUUGAUCAAAAUGCAAGUUACAACUACCUAAAACAGUGCAGUAAACAAGAGAACCCUGAUGCACCUGCCGAGCUUGAAAGAUUACGACAAGCCAUGGAAGUAAUGGGUUUCUAUGGUGGAGCUCAGAGAAGCAUAUUCCGACUCAUUGCAGCAAUUGUGCUGCUCGGGAAUAUUACUUUCAGAACGAAAUCUGGUCGUGAUGAGACGUUGGAAAUCGUUGAUGAAAGUUAUUUAACGAGCGUGAGUUCUCUGCUUGAACUUGAUGAGAAUGUCGUGAGGAAAUGCUUACUUACAAGGAAAGCAAAAGCGGGCGCAGGCGAGCGAUUUAUACUUGCUCUUAAACUACAUGAGGCAAGAGCCACCCGGGAUGCAAUGGCUAAAGCGUUGUACCAGAGUCUGUUUGACUGGGCUGUCAGCAGUGUGAAUAUGGCACUAGCGCAAAAGACAAGGGACAUUAAACUUCGUUCCCAGAGCCAAUGGUUAGGAUUACUUGAUAUUUUUGGAUUUGAAGAUUUUGCGAAAAACAGUUUCGAGCAGUUUUGCAUCAAUUAUGCGAGUGAACAUCUUCAACAUUAUUGCAUCAAACAUACUUUUCAACUGGAACAGGAGGAAUAUCGUGCUGAAGGUUUAACAUGGAAAGAAGUAGAUUAUGCCGAUAACUCUGGUUGCUUGUUGCUCUAUGAGAAGAAACUAACCGGGCUUUUCCAUCUUACUGAUGAAAACUUCCCUGGUGCCAACAACCACACGUUGCUCUCAAAUUUCAACCGAGUCCACAGCGGUUCACGAUAUUAUGAGACAACUGUAGUGAAGGAAGAUGCCUUCAUUAUACAACAUUAUGCUGGGAAGGUCAAAUACCAAAUAAAGGAUUUCCGGGAGAAAAAUCACGACCAAGUCCGUGAGGAUCUGAUUAAUUUAGUGAGGACGACCAACUCCAGUUUCCUCCAGGGUAUUUUGUCCAAAUCCCCCGCUGCAGUUGUUAGGUGGGGUGUGUUACGAGCCACUGUGCGUGCUACCUAUGCAUUCAGGAAUGCAGGAAAAGGAAAAUUAGCCCCCCUCACACCACACACAGUAACAGAUAGAUGGCUGGGUAAACAAGUGGAAACGGAAGAAAAGAUGAAUCAAGCUGCUUAUGUACAUCGGAAAAUGUUGGCUCGGUUAUCCCUCCAACAAACUUCUGUGUCUUCCUCAUCCUCCGGAUCAGAAUCAUCAAGGGAGGGAAGCUUCUAUGGGAGGCGGAAGGUGAACGCAACAUCCAGAGGAAGAAAGAAGACCAACAGCAUCACCCAGCAAUACCAGGCAUCACUGGGCUCACUUAUGGCAACACUGGAGAAAGCUCAUCCAUUCUUUGUGCGCUGCAUUCAACCUAACAGUAAAAAGGCUGCGUUAAAACUGGACGACAAGUUGGUCCUCCACCAGCUCCGGUGCUCCGGACUCCUUCAAACCAUCCAGCUUCAUCAAUCUCGUUAUCCAGAAAGGAUGUCGCUUGAAAAGUUCUCAUCUCAAUUCAAAUUACUGAUGCCACACCAGGAGAUCACUUUAUCAGGAAUCAGCAACUUCCUCAUCUCGAUCGGAUUAAAACCUGGGAAGCAUUUCCAGACCGGGAGGACCCAGCUCUUCCUUCGCGAUCAUGCAUCCCGCAUCCUCAAAGAGUCGUUGCACGAAGUUGUCCUCAAGCAUGUGGUCCUCCUCCAAUCCAGGAUCAGAGGAUGCAUUUGUAGGAGGAGCUACCUCCAACAAAGAUCAGCAGCAAUUAAAAUACAAUCCUACUGGAGGAUGUUGGAAGCUCAGCGGGAAAUCGUGGAGUGGCAUCUUGCAGCUUCUAUUAUACAGGAUGCGUGGAGAUGUUAUUUAGCACAGAAGUUUGAAGGUUUAAUGGUUCAGUUUCAAGCUUGUAUCCGGGGGUACUUGGUACGAAGGAGAGUCCAGGAUGCAAGGAGGAAGAGGGUAGAAGAGGAAGAUGAUCAAUCUGCCCGCAUCAUUCAGCGAUCCUGGAAGAACUACAGGAGCAAAAAAAGAUCAAACGCUGCCGUGAUCAUCCAAAGAAUAUACAGAGGACAUCAAGCUCGAACGCUGUAUAAAAAUAUGCAGGAAAUCAAAGAAAAUGAAAAAGGAGCUCAAGUGGAUGUAAAAGAAAUCUUGAAAACCAAAACUGAAACCUCACAAGACCCCACCAAACCUGCCAGCGUUGAAAAAGAAAAAUCAACAAAAUCAACACCAACAUUCAACGACACAAACAACAAUCACGAACCAUGUUGCCAAGAACCAAAGCCGCAACCGGACGAACCCCCCACUGGCCCCAGGCCCCAGUUCAGGCCUCGGACCAAAGCGGGUGAAGUCUUCUUACAAGCUGCGUACCCAAAAAGUAAAAUUGAAGUCGUUAAACCAGUGGUGUACGUUCCUUCAAGCAAGAGGAAGUCCACAGAUGAGGUCCUGGAUGGAUGGAGCAAAUCUUAUGAUCUUAAGAAGUCGAAUAAGAGUCCGGAGCCAGGGAGGUUCCAAUACACAGCUCCUGCAUCUAAGUCCAAACCCCCGCCUGAGGAAAAAAAUGAAAAAUUAGGAAAAAAUGAAGAUUUUUCAAAAAGUGUUAAACCAUCUAAAAACAAACGUUUUUUAAAACAUGGUCAAAUAUCGACAAAUAAAGAUCUGGCUGUUGGAGAAAAUUUAUCAUCAAGUUUAGUGAAUAAUACUGUGUCUGUUGAAGCUGACGCGAAGAAAUCCAAUGAAGUUUUAAAACUCGAUGAUAUUGAAAUAAAUACAGACAAGACGGACAAGAAUUACAUGGAAACAACAUUUCCGGCGAAAGUUGAACCCCAGAGGAAACAAUCGAAAGAACUUGCUCGUCUCGAGAAGGAGUGGCUGGCUUUCCAGCGGGUGGAGCAACAGAGGCAACUCAUUGAUCUUAACAGGAGUCAGGAUGGAGUGAGGAGGAGGAAUAAACAAGAUCAGAGGAUCAGAGAUGAAAUAACUUCUUUAAGGUUGGAGCAAAUGAACAAGUUGAGUCAACAACUUAAAACCUUUGGUGUUGGAGCAGAAUCCAUGCCGAUGCUGGAAACAACUCCAUUUUCAAGAAAUCCUUCAAAUACAAGCGAUUCUUCCACUCCUCCACAAUCACCAUUAAAACUGGAAAGUGAUGCGCAACACAUUUUGCCGGAUAAGCCAAUGAUGCCAAGCAAAUCCUUGGUCCCAACCAAAACAGUUUUGCAAAAUGCAACUGAAGCGCAGAGCAAACCAGUGGUGCCAGAUAACAAAUCAGAUUCAACAUCUAAACCAACAGAGGUAUCUGAACCUGCUCAGAAAGAAAAUGGCCUGGCAACACAAAACCCAACCAACCCAGUAUUUGCGAGAAGUCUUUCAAUGGAGAGUGUUGCCAAAGAAAUGCCACGGCGCCAACGUAGCAACUCAGCAAUAGAGGCGUACGUCGCUUCCAAGUUACAACCCCCAUCCACUGACCCAGUGGCAAGGAAAUCAGCGUCACUAAGCGCUGAAGCUUUCGCCAAGAAAUGCAUGCAUGACCAGGGUGAAACAACGCACGUAGAACAUGGCCAAGAUUUAGACCAACCAGAGUUGCAAAAUCAAGUGGAUGGGGUAAAACGGGGCAGUGCGUUUAUUGAGGCAAUGAGGAAAACUUUCUGGGGUUCAAGUAGGGGUCAAAACCGCUCUCACCCAUAUCUUGCUGAAAAGAAAUCAACAGACAGUGUUAUAUCAGCACAUGGAGGAUCAUCCGAGAAACUCCACCAUCCAGAAGAUCAUGCUGUCAACAUCAAGUCCUUGGAGGAAGAGCAAUUCUCUCCAAAGCUCCUCGUCUCCAGUGCGGAUGAACUUCUUCUUCUUGAUGACUUUAUUAAGAGCAAGACUUCCAACUUCAAAGGAGACAACUUAGUUGAUCAAGUUUUCAAAAUCUCGUUGAACGAAUUUUGUGCGAACCUCACAGCUCUGUACUCACUAACAACGCUAAGUGGUGACACUAAUGGUCUAAGAUACAAAGAUAUUGUUGCCAACUUUAGACAGGUGCUCGAAAAAACAGCGAACCAUUAUUCCUUGGACCAAUACGCUGCGAUGAUGGGGGUGAAUGGUUUCCGUGGUUACAUGAAUGAGUUUAUGAAUGACGUUCGACCGAAAUAUACAAAGGAAACAAAAUCAAAACGAAAGAAAAUUAAAGAUGACUCAGUGGAAAAACUCGGCCACAGUUUUGCUGGUGUGCAGUGGGGAAUCACUCAAGUUUGUGAAUUUUGUGGAAACACGAUGUGGUUGAUGGAAGCAGGACUUGUGUGUAAAAUUUGCAAGUUCGCUUGCCACAAAAAGUGCUUCAAACAACUGACCACUAGGUGUCCUGGUUCCAUGGAGGGGGGAAGACAGAAAUCGAGGCCGAAGAAAUUGUUCGGAGAAUCUUUGGCAAGUCUCGCUUCAAAAGAUGGGCUAGUUCCCACUUUCAUUGAUAAAUGCAUCAGUUACAUGGAGAUGAAUGGGAUUUAUCAGGAAGGUAUUUAUCGGAAAUCUGCUGCGGCUACUCAGAAUAAAUUGUUGGAAGAAUCGCUCAAUAAGGACAUCGAGUGUCAGAAGGUAAAUUUUGACGACUACAACAUUCACUCCGUUGCCUCGUGUUUUAAGAAGUUCCUGCGUUCGCUGCCGAGCCCCUUGGUUCCUUACGACAAAUAUUUUGAAUUCCUUCAAUCUGCUCGUUUAAAAAAUGAUCGCGAAAGAGUGAAUGCUCUGUACCACGUCUUGGAGGGAAUUCCCCAGCAGAACCAUGCCACACUCGAACGCAUUGUGUUCCACUUGGCACGAGUUGCACAACAGGAACCGACGAACCGCAUGUCCCCGAGCAACUUGGCGAUCGUGUUCACUCCGUGCUUCUUUGCGGCCCCGACGCACGUGUCACCGAUUGAAGCAGCUGAACAUGUUGGGGAUAUGACAAAAGCAGUGGAGUGCGUGAUCACUGAACAAGUGAAGAAAGUCCGGAGCACACUGGAGAGUAUCUCGGAGUUACAGAGCGUAGAAAGCUCAACGAAUGAAAGAUUGAAACAGAUUCGACAAUCUAUGGGGAAAGGAAAGAAAAGAAGAAUUCGGCCGUCAAUCCAGUCCGGACCUCGCUCCCCCCCUCAUCGGAGGCCUCUCGCUGAUCCCAAGCUGGAUGUAGUGGAGGAGGACACUGAUCUCAUGAAGCAGGAGAUGCAGUAUGAGAAGAAGAUCGCGACUCUGCGGAGCAGAAAGGAAUCCCUCACAAAUAGACUCCCAGCUUUAACUCCACAACUACCAGAUGAUAAUCAUCAUUUCCUUAAUGAAGAUAUCACAUUUACUUAUCCAGCAAUAGUUAAAAACAUUCACCUGCGGCACCUCAACAAGCAUCGAGCCAUGACCCCUCACUCGCGGCGCCGACCCACCAAAUAUUCCUCAUCUUUAUACAGCAAGAAAGCCAUGGCACCGGUGCCAGAGGAAGUGAAGCCACCGCCACGACGAGUGUCAGCCAAGGGAAAGUUUAAACGACUCGCAUCAGCUGUUCAGCUUCAAGACGACAAGGAUUCAUUUACCAGGUCAUCACUUAUUCGAAACCCAAUUCAUCGGCCUCAUAAAAAACGAGGAAAUGCAGCUGAUCUUCUUGCCAGUAAAGCUUCUCAGCUUAGCAAAGUGACAAGUGUGUAAAGUUAUAAAAAUGUAUCUCGAAAAUUUCACUUAACCAACAUUCUAAUUACGAAUCAUUUUUCAAGUUGCACGAAAUGAGAUUUUCCUUAUUUAAUUUUUAGCCUUUUUUCUGUGGAAGAUGUUUUUUUUCUUUGCUCUCUGUAACUCCAAGUGUGCUUCCUGCUUUUUUGAGAUAAAGUUUCGCCCUAAAUUGACGUUUAUAUGCACACGUAGCAAUGCGGUACUUUGUGCGACACAUUUUUUUACGGUUCUGCAUUUGAAACGUUUUCACUUUUAUGUUUUGUGGUACUUACAUAUUAGGUAUGUUGUUUUAUUACUCCCUAUCCCCCACUGUGCGUCUUGGAAUUCAUGUUUUUCUCUUGAAGCUAGAAAGGUCCAUUAUCUAGUGAUGCACAAGCAUCAAAAGUGCCAACCUGUGCAAUUGGAAUAAAAAAUAUCGGUCAACACUGUUCAAAGCACAAUAAUGUUACCCGAUAUACUCUGCGCAUUAAUAUCACCCAGCAGUGUUGACCGGUUUUAAUUUAACAUACUACUAUUUCUGUAAAGAAAAAAAAUAUGGUCACCCAUGCUUCCAAAGACCAAUAUGUGCCUACGAUCAAAUCUUAUGUAAAACUCAAAAAUGAACACCCAGAAAUCGCUUUGCAAUGAUUUGUGCUUACCUAAUCUUAAUGUUUCAAUUUUUAUUUAAAUUUUAUGUUGCUUGCUUCUUAUAUUUGCCAAUAUUUAUUGCAUGUAUUAAUCUCAGCCAUGUAAUCACCUAACAGUGCCGCUUUGGAUUUAAAAUCAAGUAAUUCCAAUUUAUUUGCGUAUUUUCCUCACGAGCCUAUUUUCUCAUUAUUUCUGCUGAUUCUAAUAAAGUUGAUUUAAAAUGACCUUAA